CACUCCCAGCACAUCAUUCGGUGAUGGUUGGGCUAGGCGGGAUCGUUGCGGGGAAGAAAUACGUUAACCCACCAGCAUUGAGAGAACAGAGACGUGGUUGACUGAAUAUAUCAAGGGUUUUUGGUGGAUGCUCGUGGACCCCCACUGCAAGUUUUUCCGGCCGAAAGUUGACCAACAACGGAGGACGCGCAUUACAUAUCAACUUCUCUUUGGCCCUAUUUAUAUACAAGAGUCUCUCCCCGCAUUCGUUUGGCGUUGGAAAUGCAGGUGGACAGAUAGAGCGCUCUCAUCAAUUUGUCGUUGUCAAGCCUGUAUUUCUUCCCAAUGGACAAUUCCGUAUAUGUCAAUUAUCCCCCACCAUUAACCCCUGAGCAGCAAGAAUACCUUCUCUCCACGGUAAAAGCAUGGACUCUACAUCACGGACUCUGCGUCAAACCGUCGCUAGCCCCUAUAGAGACGGAAUUGGAUUCCCAACGCGCGUUAGCAACUAAUGCGCCCGUCACUCUUUUCCCCAGCCUUUUCCCCAAAUCUUGCUUUGACUAUGCGACAGCAAUCCAGCGAGAGUACAACGAAUUAUAUGCGAGGAUAAGCUGCGAUGAAACGUGGUUGGGGAAGAUUAUUGAAGAACUCAAGGACGUGGAUGACUUCAUCGCAAACCUCUGGAAGGUUCAUCUCAGCGUACAAAGGGAAGGAUACGUUCAGCCACUCGCUCUAGGCCUUUUCCGAUCCGAUUAUAUCACCCAUCGACCACCUGGCUCGGCAGAGCCAUCUCUCAAACAAGUGGAAUUUAACACCAUCUCCUCCUCAUUUGGGGGCCUCUCAACACUUGUCACCGCACUACACACGGAUCUCUUGUCUUUACCUCCUGGAAAUCCCAUUACAUAUCCGCCACAUCCAAUCCUGAAAGACCACAAGCCCCCACCAAAUACCGCCGUUGCGACCCUAGCCAACGGUCUUGCAUCGGCCCAUAUUGCAUAUGGCCCGUCGAAAUCAGAAUCCCCGCUACUGCUAUGCAUCCUAUUUGUCGUUCAAGCCGGGGAGCGAAACCUAUUCGACCAGCUGGAAUUGUCCACCCGUCUUACUGAUUUCCACAAAAUCCCCGUCUUCCGACUCACAACGACAGAUAUCCUGGGACUAACCUCCAUCCCCUCCUCCAACCCUGCCAGGCCAUUAAUAUACACUCCCCCCCACGCUGUCACCACUACGUUCGAGGUGACAACAAUUUAUCUACGCGGCUUCUACGGACCGGCUGACUACCCAGACGACUCUGCGUGGGCUGCCCGAACGCACCUAGAGCGAUCCGCGGCGAUAAAAUGCCCUUCAGUCCUCAGCCAGCUCUCUGGCAGCAAGAAAGUGCAACAAGAACUCGCAGACCCCCACGCAGAGACGGACCAUCUGGCCCAUUUCCUCCCAAAGACCCACGCUCAAACAAUCGAGAAAAUCCGCGCAACGUUCGCUCCGCAAUAUGACCUCUCGACCUCCGGUCUUGGUCGCGAUCUUGCCCUCAACCCCUCAACGGCAGUUCACCACGUCUUGAAACCGCAGCGUGAGGGAGGUGGCAACAAUGUCUACCGCGAUGCGAUUCCGGGAUUCCUCCGUUCCAUCCCGGAGAAGGAUUGGAAGGGAUGGAUUCUUAUGGAGCUGAUUCAGCCGCCUGAUGCGGCUAAAAACAUGAUGCUGCGCAGUGAUGGGGCAGUGCUUAGUGGGCAUGUUAUUAGUGAAUUAGGAAUGUUUGGUACUGUCCUUUGGAGGAAUAACGGCGAGAUAUUGCACAAUGAGCAGGGAGGCUGGCUGUUGAGGACUAAGGGGAAAGAAAGUGAUGAAGGAGGGGUGGCGGCCGGGUUUUCGUCGUUGGAUAGCCUUCUGCUUCUUUGAAUCAAACUACCCCCCGUGCAUGGUAGUUGACUGAAGUGGAGGUAAGUGAUAAUAGUUUAUGAAUAGUUUACUGUGUCAUGAUGUAUGUCUUAUAAAUUGUUGGCCGCAAUUUUUUGCCCGAUAUGUUUUGGCCUGGGAAACCAGAUGUUAGAGGGAAAUCCAUCGUACUUAGAAUUUCAGUUCGUUAUUCCACACCUAC